GAGUGCAUUUUAGUGUAACCAUGCGGAACUGGUCGCUUCUUGAUUUUGUGCCGUAUGUUUCCAUUUGUGUAGGCUUUUUCCCCCCUCAGUAUUUUGUUGCUUAUCCUUUAGAGCGAAAUUGGUUUUUCCUCGGCCAAUAAUCUGUUUCUUUAAAAAAAGAAAAAUUUGUUACCUAUUGCCUUUUUUUCUGGUCUUCCUGAGCAAGCCAGAAGUCACAAGGUCGUUUACUAAACGGAAACCAAGAAAAAGAAAAGCCACAUCAGCCGGCACAAGCCUCUCUAACUUGUGUGCCCUGAGGCUCAUCAGAUGCGAAGUCCUGGCGACAAGAUAGGGUCGCCCGCAGUGGCUUCCUAAAGCGCAGAUCCAGGCCGGCUCCCAGCGUGGAAUCCGACCCAUGUACUUCGCCUCUCCACGUGGCAUCAGAUGCUCUGCCGGCUGUCACCGUGAACUCCAGCCCUCGCGGAGCCGACACUGACCUGGCUGCUUCAGAGUACGGAGGGAAAUAGCGUCUCCGUACCCUCGCCCCACCUAGGCUGCUCCUCGGACCGCCGCUCGUCCCAGACUCCAGGAGGCGCCACCAGGCCUCGCUGACCCCGCUCCAUAUCUCCGGGAGCCCUCAGCUGGUCGGCCGCGGCAACCGGAAGCUCCGGACUGAGGUACUGGUUCCGCCCGCCGCUCUUCCAGCCGAGACUCGGCAGCGGCGGUCGGAGCGGCUGCCACGCCGCACCUGCCCGCGAGGGGGCGCGCUGGGCCCACGCCGCAGCCGACUGCCGCGCUCUCUGCCCCCGCCCUCCGCCGUCCCCUGGCUGCGCUCACCUGUCUGGGCCGCUGGCUUGGGAGGUGGGGGCCGGCGGGAGCCAAGCCGAGGAAAGGGCGGAGCGGCUCUCCGGGCGCGUCAUCGGAGCACCAUGGCGGAGCUAGGAGCUGGCGGCGACGGCCACAGGGGCGGCGACGGCGCAGUGCGAAGCGAAACAGCACCCGACAGCUACAAAGUGCAAGAUAAGAAAAAUGCCUCCAGCCGCCCUGCCUCUGCAAUUUCAGGACAAAAUAACAACCACUCAGGAAAUAAACCAGACCCUCCGCCUGUGUUACGUGUUGAUGACCGGCAGCGGCUGGCCCGGGAGCGACGUGAGGAACGGGAGAAACAGCUAGCUGCAAGAGAAAUAGUGUGGUUAGAAAGAGAAGAGCGAGCCAGGCAGCACUACGAGAAGCACCUGGAAGAGCGGAAGAAGAGGUUGGAGGAGCAGAGGCAGAAGGAGGAGCGGAGGAGGGCUGCCGUGGAGGAGAAGCGGAGGCAGAGACUUGAGGAGGACAAAGAACGCCACGAAGCUGUUGUACGGCGCACAAUGGAAAGGAGCCAGAAGCCAAAACAGAAGCAUAACCGUUGGUCGUGGGGAGGCUCUCUCCAUGGGAGCCCUAGCAUCCACAGUGCAGAUCCAGACAGGCGGUCAGUUUCCACCAUGAAUCUUUCGAAAUAUGUUGAUCCCGUCAUUAGCAAGCGGCUCUCCUCUUCAUCUGCAACUUUACUAAAUUCUCCAGAUAGAGCUCGCCGCCUGCAGCUCAGCCCAUGGGAGAGCAGCGUUGUUAACAGACUCCUGACGCCCACACAUUCGUUCCUGGCCAGAAGUAAAAGCACAGCUGCCUUGUCUGGAGAAGCAGCAUCUUGCAGCCCCAUCAUCAUGCCCUACAAAGCUGCACACUCUAGAAAUUCGAUGGAUCGACCAAAACUCUUUGUAACACCACCUGAGGGCUCUUCUCGCAGGAGGACCAUUCAUGGCACAGCGAGCUAUAAAAAAGAAAGAGAGAGAGAAAAUGUACUCUUCCUCACAUCUGGCACCCGAAGGGCUGUAUCUCCAUCUAAUCCCAAAGCAAGACCACCAGCUCGCUCCCGACUUUGGCUUCCGUCCAAGUCUCUUCCUCAUUUGCCUGGCACACCCAGACCGACAUCCUCCUUGCCACCCGGCUCAGUCAAAGCUGCUCCUGCUCAGGUCCGGCCCCCAUCCCCCGGCAACAUCCGCCCUGUCAAGAGGGAAGUCAGAGUGGAGCCUGAGAAGAAAGAUCCUGAGAAGGAACCUCAGAAAGUUGCCAAUGAGCCCUCACUAAAGGGCAGAGCACCUUUAGUGAAGGUAGAAGAAGCCACAGUUGAAGAGCGGACACCUGCUGAACCAGGAGUUGGCCCUGCUGCUCCAGCCACGGCCCCAGCUCCAGCCUCGGCCCCAGCUCCAGCCCCGGUCCCCACCCCAGCCAUGGUCUCAGCCCCGUCAUCCACUGUGAAUGCCAGUGCUUCUGUUAAGACUUCUGCAGGCACCACCGACCCAGAGGAGGCCACAAGGCUUCUAGCUGAGAAGAGGCGGCUGGCCCGAGAGCAGAGAGAAAAGGAAGAAAGGGAGAGGAGGGAGCAGGAAGAGCUUGAAAGACAAAAGAGAGAGGAAUUGGCUCAACGUGUGGCUGAAGAGAGGACUCGCCGUGAGGAGUCGUCGCGCAGGCUGGAAGCCGAGCAGGCCCGGGAGAAGGAGGAGCAGCUGCAGCGGCAGGCGGAGGAGCAGGCGCUGCGCGAGCGGGAAGAGGCAGAGCGCGCCCAGAGGCAGAAAGAAGAAGAAGCUCGCGUUCGUGAAGAAGCAGAGAGGGUCCGGCAGGAACGAGAGAAGCAUUUCCAGAGAGAAGAGCAGGAGCGCCUGGAGAGAAAGAAGCGACUUGAGGAGAUUAUGAAAAGAACCAGGAGAACAGAAGCUACAGAUAAGAAAACCAGUGAUCAGAGAAACGGUGAUAUAGCCAAGGGAGCUCUCACUGGAGGAACAGAGGUGUCUGCACUUCCAUGUACAACAAACGCUCCGGGAAAUGGAAAGCCAGUUGGCAGCCCACAUGUGGUUACCUUACACCAGUCAAAAGUGACAGUGGAGAGCACUCCCGAUUUGGAAAAACAACCAAAUGAAAAUGGUGUAUCUGUUCAGAAUGAAAAUUUUGAAGAAAUUAUAAACUUACCCAUUGGAUCUAAACCAUCCAGAUUAGAUGUCACCAACAGUGAGAGCCCAGAAAUUCCUUUGAAUCCAAUUUUGGCCUUUGAUGAUGAAGGGACACUUGGGCCCCUGCCUCAGGUAGAUGGUGUUCAGACACAGCAGACUGCAGAAGUUAUAUGAGUGUUUCUUCUGAAGAACCAAAGCUGAAAUUUAAUGAGAAUUUCUACAAUUAAUGGAAUUCCUUUCCUGCUGUAAAGGAGCAUCCCCUCCACCCGUUUUCUAGAGUUCUUGACCAUCAUUUUGAAAAGAUUUAUUAAAACUAGCUAAAGACAACAGACUGGAUAGCUUUUCUAAUAAUUUUCAUCAAUAGGAAAAAAGAAAUACGUCUCAUUCUUCAAUACUUUAAAAUGGCUUUUUCCAGUGUGCUCCUUCUUAGCAAUCAAUAUUUUUCUGCAUUCUUUAAAAGACAAGAGAAUUUGGUUAUAAAAGAAAUGGGCUGACUAGGCAUGAUUUUUUUGGUCUUAAAAGCUUAACAUGUAAAAUUGGCAAAAAAAAUUUUUACCUUUUGUAAUACUUGAAAAAUAAGUACCUCUUUGUUCUACAAGUAGAAUGAAUAGGAGAAGAGUUUAAGCCUGUUUUUUUAAAUAUUAUUGCAAAGAGCUCUAUUUGUAGAAGCAAAUUAUAGGCAGAUUACCAGGUUCUUAUAAAUACAACUUGUACAUGGACAUUCUGCAAACCCAGCUGUCACAUUUUUCUUGCAACUCCUUUUGCAAAAGCAGACUAAAAUGUUUUAAAAUGUGAAAAAAACAUAAUUUUUUCAAAGCAAGAAAAUAAUUUACUGCCCUCUUACAUAAUGUAUUUAUAAAGUUUUUCCAGAUAAACUAAUCAAAUAAAUUAGAAUAAUGUGACAACAUUACAAAUUUAAUUUGUUAGCUGCAUUCCUUCUGAUGUUACCACGAUAGAAUGUUACUGAUGAUUCAGGGCUAUUUCUGAAGUCUGUAUGUUGCUGCUGUCCCCAGUGAUGGUGGACUUAUCUUUGCCUUACCUGAUCACAAAUUAUGUUGGGGAAAAUAAAGAUUUAAUAUUUCUUUAAAUAGAAAAAGAAUUUGGUUUUGCUCGUUUAAGAGCAAUGAGAAAAUGAUGGAAUGUUGACUGUGUUUGGCACACAGGACAUGGACCUUCAUGGAAGUCCUUGCUCUGCGUGGCAUCUGUCAGCUUUUCACCUUUCAUUCUUAUUCUUCACUUUUGCUGCUGAGCCUAGCUGUACAAACUUGCACUUUCAUUUGCUAAUAUAAAUUCAGUUUUAUUUUACCAUUUUAGAGACUACUAAUGAUUAAAUGUAGAAGGAGAGGGUGCACAUGUUUUUAUGUGGAGUGUUUAAAAGAUAAAUUUAUACCACUGUAAUGUGCCGCUUUUAUUAAAAAAGAAAUUGGUUGAACUGCUAGGUUGAAUGAGAGACUUCAUCUAUUGGACUAUUUUUUUUUAAUCCAGGCAUAUGGUCUUUAGUAAUGGCUUGUAAUUUGUGAAAACAUUAAUUUGGGGGUUUUCCCUGUUUUCAGUUGUCCAUGUACAGAUAGUCAUUAUAUUAGAAAAGAAAUCUGUUCAACAAACUUGUUUAAUUUGUUUAAAUCAACAUAGCAUGAAACACCAAAUAAAAUGUUUGACAUAGUU